ACAGUCGUGGAGGGAGUGCGAAAUCACGCUGACGCGCAUCACGUCGCUGUGCUCGAAGCGCUGAAACGUGCCGAUCGAACGUGUCAUCGAGGACGCGAGUGAACGGGCAAAUUAAAAAAAAAAAAAGACGAGAAAAAAGUUGAGACCAACGAGGUAGUGAGAGAGAACUGUUAAAGAUCUUUCGAGGAAAAAAAAAGAUCUUCGAGAGAAACUUGGAUAACAUAAGAAAAAAAAACAAGAGCGAUAAAAAUAAGGUUGGGAAAAAGGAAUUAGAAAACCAUGUGAAAAUCGAAGUGUUGGUCAAGAAAAAAAAAAAGGUGAAGAAGUGCAAGGAGAGGAUAAGCGAUACUUAAACGCGCGAAGGUGCCGGAUACACCGAACACAGAUCGUUAGUGCAUUUCCGCGACGGACGAACUGUCGCGUGGUGCGUCGAUCGCGCGAUCGAUCCGAUUUUCCGAUCGGAGGAAUCUAUCGUGCGCAAUCCGCAGCCAAGAGCUACCGAGUUCGCAGUGGUCCAGCGCAGCCUCCUUCAGCGCGCCGUGCGUCGCGCGCGACGCAUCACGAAUUCGCCGGAUCUCAGUGCUCGCGCGCGAUCCGUCCGAGCAACCGGUUUCUCUCGUCUCCCGCCGGGAAUCCGUUGGCAAAGGAAUGAAGGAUGUGCGGAUGUCGCGCGCGCGAUAAUCGACAGACGCACCGUCCGUGCUCCGAACUCGAUUAGAGCUCUCUCUCUCUCCGGGCGCGAGAAAAGGAGUUUGAGUCAGUGUGUGUUCAGACAGUGCGGGUGGAUGUACGCCGACGACGUUCUCUGGUGAUCGGUGUUGCUAUGAUCGUGCCGCGUCGGUGCUGUCACGUGGAACGAUCAUGAUUUACCUUAGGCCGCACGACGGGAGGAGUCUGCGGUACAACGCGAACGCGAGACACUUGAAUGUGCUCGUGGUGCCGCUUUUUCCGCUCUGGAUUAUCGGCGCGUUCUGCGUAAAGGACAUACCCAUAUCACACAUCGUGGCACUAGUCGGAGAUACCACCUAUCUUCCCUGCGACAUAUCAACCACUCACGAGGGGGACUCGGUGCAUCUUGUGCUCUGGUAUCGCGACGAUCUCGGUACAUCAGUUUACAGCGUCGACGCCAGGAAUCGAGCCGCCGGUCUCGCCGAAAGAUGGUCGGACGACACCGUGUUCUCAAAUCGCGCCUUUUUCAUGCUAGAAACCGAGCCGGCGCAGCUAGGCGUCGAACACAUCAGAGAAGAAGACGCCGGUAUCUACAGAUGCCGCGUCGAUUUCCAGAUUGGCCAGACGAGGAAUUCGAAAGUCAAUCUAACAGUAAUCGUGCCACCGCAAAAGAUCACGAUCAUCGACGAGAAGGGAAACACACGGGACUCGAAGGUCGGACCGUACAUGGAGGGCCAGAGGCUACAUCUUUUCUGCGACGUUCACGGCGGUAAGCCGGCCCCGACAGUGUCCUGGUAUCGCAACGACAAAUUCGUCACCAACCGGACGACGACGCUGCACGAUGGCGUGACACGCAGCGAGAUCGUUAUACAGAAUUUAGGCCGGGGCGACGUAUACUCGGUGCUGACCUGCAACGCCACGAAUAACAAUAGGUCGAUCCCGCUAUCGUCGUUGGUCCGCGUGGACAUGCAUUUCAGCCCGCUGGAAGUGAAGAUAAUUGGCGCGAACCAGCCGCUGUCGGCGGGCAAGAAGUACGACUUGGUCUGCGCAACUUCCGGUUCCAGGCCAUCGGCCAGCGUCACCUGGUGGAGGAACGGUCAGCGCUUAGUGGAGACCAAAGAGACCACCUCUGAGGAUGGCAACACGACCACCAGCAUUUUAUCUUUCAUGGCGACGAAGGCGGACGCCGGCAGACACUUGUCGUGUCAAGCUGAAAAUCGGGACUUGGGGACCGCGGCGAUAGAGGACGACUGGAUACUCCAGAUACAAUACACGCCGGAGACGCAGAUCCAGCUCGGCACGUCGCUGAAUCCGAACACCAUACGCGAGGGCACGGACGUCUACUUCGACUGCCUCAUACAGGCCGAACCGGCGGUUUACAAGGUGGAAUGGCGACAUCAGAGCAAGGCACUCCAUCACAACAUCACGCAGGGAAUCAUAAUCAGCAACCAGAGCCUGGUGCUGCAGGGGGUCGAUCGCAAGAGCGCCGGCAAUUACACUUGCGUGGGAUAUAACACCGAGGGCGACGGCGAGAGCUCGCCCUUUUACCUGAACGUAAUGUUCGCUCCCACGUGCAAGCCAAAUCAGACAAAGGUCCACGGCGUGGCAAAGCAAGAGAAAGCGAAUAUAUCCUGCCAAGUGGAUGCAAAUCCACCGGAAGUGCAAUUCCGCUGGACCUUCAAUAACUCCGCCGAGAGUAUCGACGUUGCGGCUGGUCACAUCGCGCGAGCUGGCACAUCCUCCAUCGUCUCGUAUACGCCAAUGACGGAAUUAGAUUACGGCACGUUGCUCUGCUGGGCCAGCAAUCACAUCGGGCAACAACAAGUGCCCUGUGUCUAUCACAUUAUACCAGCGGGUCGGCCGGACAUGGUUCACAAUUGCACGACCUCGAACACGUCGACCAAUUCGUUCUCCGUGCGAUGUGCCGAGGGCUUCAACGGCGGCCUGCCGCAGUCCUUUCUGUUGGAAGUGCGCGAGAGCAACAGUCAGGAGUUGCGUGCCAAUUUGACGUCGUCGGUGCCACGCUUCAGCGUUACACACCUGGAGUCCGGCGCUCUUUACCAAGCCUGCAUUUACGCUUACAACGACAAAGGUCGCAGCGAGGCGAUGGUGGUGCAGGCCGGCACGCUCAGACUGCCAGAGAAACAAUUGACCUCCGAGUCGGAACGACCAAGGCAACACGUCAGACUGACACCGAUGCUGAGCGUGAUGAUCGGCGUGGUGACGGCUCUCAUCAUCGUCGCUAUUAUUGUGAUGGUUGUCUUACGGAUUCAGCACUCGCAUGUAGAGGAGCAACACAAAUCCCAGAUGGAGGAUCACGCGAAGCAGACGAAAGCCGUCCCUAUACAAAGGGAGUUACGAUUCCGAGAGGGAUGUAGUCUGCUCGCAGAUGAGAAGCAUCCCAGCAGCCCGUUCAGAAAGUUAGACACCAGCGGUGAUCUCAGCGAAAGCGACGAGAAGAAUCCGGAUAUCAUUCCGCAGCAGAUCACUGGUGACGAACCAUCAGAAUACUUAAGGAAGAGACGUCUGGUGUCUACGAUCGAGACAUCACCAUCGAGAAGCCUUCUGGAACACUCGACGGUGACUUCCAUCAGCGGACACAGCAGUUACGUCGGUUACUGCACAAUUCGCAACGGCAUGCCACUGCACGAAUUCUCGAACUUGUCAACGAAGCAUAAAAGCUUUCAGCCGAUGGUGGGCGAUGUCUACGAGAGUGGCGUUUGCACCCUGCCGAGGCAACACUGGCCCAGCCAGAGCGUUCAAUCGAUGUCGAUGACAAUGAGCCCUCCUAUGCUGUACACCGGUUUGGGUGUCGUCGCCAGGACUUGUCCGAGCGGCACGCUUCUGACGAAGGAUUGCGAAACACGGGUGCCUGCCCAGUGCUGUCCAGCGGUCCAACAGUCGCAGAAAGAAGCGACGAUAGGCACACCGGUGGUGAUGGCCAAGCGGGAGAGCUCCGUGUGACCCUACACCCACCACGGGGCCUGCACUUGCAGCGUGAGCGAUCUGCUGUGAAUCACGCCGUUGUCAAUCGCGAGAUAGCCGUGAGUCCCGAACGACACAAAAGAAUCAUGUAGGAAGCGUUUAUAGUUUGCGCGGAGAUUAAAACACGUCUUUUGGAAGGCUGAAGGAAGUUUCUUUUAGACCUCUAAAGGAUGUUCGCGUGAGUAAGAUAUCUAUUAUUAUCCAAGUGUGAAAAUUAUAGCGUCUAUGAAAUCGAGAUUCAAUGUAAGAUAUUCUUUCGAACGUUUGUGUUGUCCGGGACGGGCGCGUGCCGGUACGAGUUCGACGGGUUUACAUUUCCAUUCCGACAAAGCGUCACGAUUUUGCGUCUCUCUGUUGAAUCAAGUGCCCUUUUUACACUGAAGAAGGACGAACAUCCCGACCGGCUGCUCCGCCGGCUUUUCUCACCUCGUACGUAGUUUCGUGACCGAGCCCCGGUGGAACCUCGACGAGCUCCUCAUAUGGAUAAAGAGUGAGUUUUACGACGUGUGUGCGAGCGAGCUCGCGCGGUCUCGCCCGCCGCACGUACACUCCCUGUACAUACCUCGAGACGCGGAAGAUAUUUUGUACAAGUCGCGUUAUAUUAACGAUUCCAUUCCCACUUUUACUAUGAACGCAACACACACACUGUACAAUUUGUCUAGUCGAUGUAAGUAUAAAUAUGUAUAUGCGUUAAGUCGUCGGGGAAGCGCCAGACCAGAAUAACGUAUACUGAAGGGGGAUGAUCAUCACCGCCGCGUCACGCUGUGCGCGUCGUAAUUAUUUACAACGCCGACAACGCGUAAACAGGAGCGGCGGGAGCGGUAGAGAGAACGGGAGAAUCGGAAAAGUUGUCAGAGACAUAUCGUUUGUAUCUCCAUCCAUAGGAGUCGAGUCAGACGAGAAGGGCGUUACAGCGAAGAUCACGAGAGCGGUGGAGUAAUGAGACAAAAAAGAAAGAAGGAAGAAAAAGGAAUAGAUAAACAUCCCCAUCGCGCUUUCGUCAGUCUGCAGUAUUCUGGAUUUCACCGUAAGAUUAAGUAUCUCUUGUACAAUGUAUAAAGUAACGACUUCCUUCGAAGUAAAUGUACCGAGUAUGAUGAACGUUGUUUUUCAAAGUCUUGAAUCUUACUCUAUAGAAGAGGGGACGCGGCCUGAUUAACGCGGCGCGUCCCUGAAAACGUGUGGUAAUCGCGAUAGUACUUCUAACUUACUGCCUGUUUCGACGCUUGUGAAUCUCGUUGGUACUUCAUUCGGCAGAGGCUACCGCUUAUAGUCUCUUUGUAUUAUAUAGCUUUAAAAAAAAAAGAAGAAGGUCGCCGAAUGGCGCCUCGUCAUAUCCUCCGUACGAUACAGGGAUAAUCUUGUUGUCGAUUAGAGCAACCCGCGAGGCGCAUUCCGCCAUCGGGUUGCUAAUCCGCGAGGGAUAAGAUGAAAAUUUGACGUGUAGCUUGACCCCUUGACAUCGAGCAGUCGACUGCUGGGCGGUUUGCGUUUAAGGUAUAUCACGCACGUCAACAAAAAAUCUCUCCCUUUCGCGAGAAGUGAUAAUCCGUAUUUUGCUUCGAUCUGUACAGAUUGAUUUUCGCGUAUAGGAUCAACGUCCCGAGCACGCGACGAUCCUGCUGCGACUGCAAGGAUUCACGUGAGAAAUAGAACGUACUCUAUGGCUGUGUGCAUAAUGUGAGAGAAAAAAAGAAGAGAGAGAGAGAAAUAUGUCUUUUGAUGUUCACGUAUUAUAUUUAAAUAAGAUUGAUGCUAGUAUAACUAAUCGUUCUAGAGUUCGAUAAUAUAAUCGUAAUUAACCUACCGAUGAAACGAUUGAUGCUACUAUAUUGCAUAUUAUUUUUGCCUUUACAUUGCAUUGCUCGUUGUGAAGCAGCAGCAUCGAUAUGUAUCUAAAAAAGAAAUAGGACACAGAAACUCAAAGCAAAAUUCUUUCAAGCACAGCCUCGGAAAGCGCAAAAACUCGUCUAUAUCGCAGAAUCAAUUUCACAUCUCGGUUGUUAAACGCGCUAAUUGACUCUUUGUUGUCAGAUUUAAUCUUUAGUCACAAUUUGGUUUCUGGUCUGCUCUUUCGACGCGGCAACGUUACUGAAAUCGGAAAGCUUUGCUGAAGCAGCGCCGUAUUUGUCUAUCAGAUCGGAAACUUCGCGGUGAAUCGACCAUAGACGGAAUGUAGGUUGUGACUGUUUGCAGUCGCGUCGUCGUUGCGGUCUGUUAUAAAUGUGCAUACAAACGAAUAAGCGAAAGAGACAGUCCUACACGAACGAAGCACACGCGUCCGCGUUUCCCAUCCAUUGAAGGAAAUGACGGACGAUUCGGAGAUACUUAGCGAAUUACUCGAUGUGUAAAGAACGGCCAAGUCGCCGUAAUGUCUCGAGAAUUUCUCGGCGAACGCAUCGUUUCCCCGAUUGCUUGAACGUUAAAUGACGUCGCUCCCGAGGGAUCUGACUAUUAAAAAAUGAGGUUAAAUCGUU